AUGAAUUUGUUACAGAUCCGCGAUGAGUUUCAGCGAGGUGGUGGUGUUUAUAUGUCCCCUCGUGGUGCACAAGGGUUGACAGUCAGCGUUGUGUUUACGGCAUUGGCAACAUGCUUCGUGGCUAUGAGGAUGUUCACUCGAAUCAAACUUAUGAGGCGAGUAGAAGGGAAUGAUUGGAUGGUCAUGAUUGCAUUGGUAAAUUCAUACGUCUUCAUGGCUCUCGAUAUCAUAGAAGCCGUCAGCGGAAUGGGAGUGCACCUGAAAGAUAUUCCACCGCAUAUUCUCGAGCGACAGAUGAAGGCCUUCUGGCUCACCAUUCCUUUCUACAAUGCCGCAGUCCUCUGCGCCAAGGCCUCAAUUCUGUUGCAGUACUUCCGAGUCUUCCCUACUCGGCGCAUGCGUAUCGUCUGCUGGAUUAUGAUCACUGUCCUCGGUGUCUAUGGAACAUGGGCGGUGAUCAGCGCAUUCUUCAAUUGCGUCCCUGUCGCCAAGUUUUGGGACGAUUCAAUCAAAGGGUUCUGUCUCAGCAAGCCCGGGCUGUGGUUCUCGAAUGCUAGCAUGCACAUCACAACCGACAUCGCAAUUCUGAUUAUUCCAAUCCCAGCUUUGAUGGCAAUCGACUUGCCCCGAAGGCAGAAAAUCGCGCUGAUGAUCAUGUUCGGCCUUGGUGGCUUCGUCUGCAUAACCAGCAUCGUCCGCCUCAUCAGUCUAAAGAAAAUAUCAGACUCCUCCGACCCAACCUACGACAACGUCGGCGCCGCAGCCUGGUCUGCCGUCGAAUGCAAUACGGGCAUAAUCUGCGCCUGUCUCCCAACCCUAAAGCCCCUCCUCGCCCGCCUUUUCCCAGGAAUGAUAACCACAUUCCAGGGCAGUCGCCCAACCUACGGCACCACCAUCAACACAACCCAGCGCACUACAUGGAACGGCGACGAGGCGACAAUCAGUCCGCCCGUCGAAGAAGCCGAGUACGGCGCCGGGGACCCGGAGCGGAUUCUCGCUCUUGUACCUGGGUCCGGCUUCAAGAAGCCUGGGUCUGAGGAGGAAGAGAAGAAAGGAUUGACGCGGGAAUUGACGCAGGUCGCUUCAGUGCCAGAGGCUCAUCCUCGUACACCCACGCACAUAAUGGACUUUGAUCAUGCAGGCACUCUUGCGGCGUAG